UGUAGAAGGAAGACGCAAGUCACGUGGACGUCAAUCAACGCGUACUCGAGACACGGCAGUUCACAGACAGGCCCCGAGAGUAACAGUCUUUUAUACCUCCCUCAAGAUGCACUUUGCAGGCUGACUUGUCGUCAGACGCUUGGGUUUCUCAUCCACCCAGAGGGUUUUCUCAUCCACCCAGAGGAAGUGUUGUUUACGAUGAGACAAUGACCGCUAACGAAAUUACAGAAAUACCCAGCGGAUUACCUAAGAUUUACGACGAACAUUGAACACAACCAAAGUUGGACCGGGUAAAAGAGAAGAGAUCUGUGAAACUCUUCUGGAAGAGGCAGACCAGGCUGUUUUUAUCCGGCGGCUAUACUGAACAUAAACACUUCGAGUCUCAUACCCUUCAAAGUCUGCCGGACCCGUUCUGGUAAGAAAAUGGCUUUGGACACAUUGUUAUUUCCUUCAGGCCACUAUUACCAUAUCGGCCCAGACUUUGAACUUCUCACCAUCAACAUUAAUCAGCUCUUUAUUAGUCAAAGGAAAGCAGCCGACAUGAUGCAUCGCAUCUUACUCCUGGCAGUCUCAUUGCUCUUUUGCUUAUCCUUUGCAUUAAAAGAUGCUGCUGCAAGAUCUCAUGCACAACAACAAAAGUCCUGGCAAUGCCCAAGGAGAUCCGGAACGCGGAUCGACGAAUCUAGCAUUCGAACCUGCCCUUUACCUGGACAACUGGGCAUUGUGGAUGAAGAGGGAUAUUCGGAUGCAGUAUCCUGGUCGUUUUCGCCCCGAUGCAUUGGCGACAGGGUGAAAAACGAGAGCGGUGUGCCUUGGAUCGAGUGUUUGUUCAGCGACUCUAAUUUCCGAAACGGGCACGGGAUCAGUCUAGUCACUUCGCCAACCAUCACAUCCCACUUGUUGGGCUUGGGUGCAUUGGAGGAUCGCCCCCAUUCAGCUGUCGCCCAGGAAGCCGCAAAAGGGAUCCUAUCAUACGAAAUAGUCAAUGUAAAGGGGAAGGGGAAAGGUGUCGUGGCGAAACGUCUAAUCCGCCGUGGCGAGAUAGUCAUGAUCGAUAUUCCAGCGAUUUUGGUCGGAACAGGAUUUCUGGGUCAGGUCCGGCCACACCAUCGUCGGCGCAUGGUUAAGCAAGCAAUCAACCAAUUGCCGGAACGAACGCGAAACAAAAUAUACAAGUUAUCGAGUGCGACCGGAGAGUACCUCAUUGACGGAAUCUUUGGUCAGAAUUCGAACAGCGUUCUCCUGGGCGACGGACAAAUACACAUCGGGAUGUUCACCGAGGCUGCGAGGAUCAACCACUCCUGCAGGCCAAACGCAUACUUUCGAUUCUCUGAGCGAAUGUUGGCCAUGGAGGUGGUUGCAUACCACAAUAUUGAGGCGGGCGAAGAGAUAGAAAUGAGCUACGUACCCAUCACCGAGACGCGAGAGGAUCGACGUAAGUACCUAAAGGAGAAUUGGGGGUUUGACUGCACUUGCGAAUUGUGUCGCGCCACGGAUCUCGAGAUCGGCGACUCGGAGAGUAGACGACGCCGAAUGAAGGAGCUCAAGGAAUCUGUCUUGUACGCUAGAAAGGAGGGCUUUUUCCAAGACGCCGUAAAUAUGGCUGAGGAAUGGUUGAUGUUUUCCGAGUGGGAGAGAUUACCGCCGUUGAUGCCCGAGUACUACGACACCCUGACAGAGCUCUACCUACUCAAUGGCGACAUUUUCAAUGCCACGAGAUAUGGUCGGAUGGCUUUGGAUGGGUGGGCCAAGUUUGGCAGCGUGGAUGAUGAAUUUCUGGAGCGAUCAAGGAUUGGCCUCCUAAAUUUGAGUGAGAGAUCCAAAACCCGUAGGCUGUACUCGUCAGGCGGAGGACCUCGAGAGAAGUUCUAGGAGCAACCACUUCGCACGUAUCGCCUCUCGAUAUGCGAAAACAAAGAUUGAAUAUACGUGUAUUCUAACCUUUGAACGAUGACCUCUGUUCCCAACAUGCAGUGAAAGGAGCAACGCGAAGGCCAUGGUUUAGGCGAGAAGGCGCGAUAAUUAAGUUGCCCCGGAAACACAGCAGCU